ACUCCUUGAAAACAAAAAUAAAAAGCCACAGUGGCCUUUUGAAGACAAAAAGUGAAAUGACAAAUUUCAAUAGUGUCAAGGCAAUGAAGACACCACCUAAUAAUCAAGCACGAAGAUCGAUAGAUUCACCGUGCCUGCAGCGAAAACCUGAAGGCCUGCAAAAGCAGUCAUAUGAUCAGCUUAUAACAAGAAGAAAGUCCUUGUCUAGUUACAAAAGUGAAACACUUGAAUCAUCACCAACUUCUUCAACUAUAGAAAGAACCUCAAGCAUUAGAAAAGCAAUGUCUAUUUCCAUCAAAAAUCCACCUAUGCCACCACCCCUUUGCUCAAUUUGCAAGCACAAUGCUCCUAUUUUCGGCAAAACACCGAGGAAAUUCAGCUACAAAGAGAUUGCAAGAGCAACUGGUGGUUUCGUGAACGAGAACUUCUUGGCUGAGGGUGGAUAUGGUAAGAUAUAUCGGGGAGUCUUACCUGAUGGGCAGGUUGUUGCAGUGAAGCAACAUAAGACGUUGAGUGCACAAGGAGCCUCAGAAUUUGUGUCUGAGGUUGAGGUAUUGAGCUGUGCACAGCACCGAAAUUUGGUGAUGUUGGUUGGCUAUUGCUUUGAGACAGAAUGGCUUCUGAUAUAUGAGUUUGCUUGCAAUGGUUCCUUAGACAAGCAUUUGUAUGGGAGAGAGAGUAAUGAGGUGAUGUCCUGGACUAACAGGAUGAAGGUUGCAAAGGGAGCAGCUAGAGGUUUGAGAUAUCUUCAUGAAGAUUGCAGAGUGGGUUGUAUCGUACAUAGAGAUUUUAGACCUAAUAACAUCCUCCUCACCCAUGACUUCAGACCAAUGGUGGGAGAUUUCGGUUUGGCAAGGUGGCAGGCCGAUGGACAGUUAGCAGAGGAGACUCGUGUCGUAGGUGCUUUUGGGUAUUUAGCGCCAGAAUACACUCAGACUGGACUCAUAACAGAGAAAGCUGAUGUAUAUGCAUUCGGAGUUGUUUUGUUGGAGCUAUUAAGUGGCUUCAAAGCAACCGAUUUUUCGAGAAACACAGGAAAACAAUUUGUAAUGGAUUGGGGGAAACCAUUACUAGAAAAGAAAAUGGUGAAUGAAAUAAUAGACCCCAGAUUGGAUCAAUUUUAUGUGGAGAAGGAAGUUGAAUGCAUGAUGUAUGCAACUAGCUUAUGCAUUUCUCCUAUUCCAGAACAAAGACCUACCAUGUCUAAGGUACUUAAAAUAUUAGAAGGAGAUAUAGCUGCUGAUCAUAUGGCUUACAAUUUAUCUAGACAUUGCACUCCUAAUUACCCAAAAAAAUACAUAAACAACAUCUACGGUGAAGAGACUCCGAUUUGCCAGACACCAAACUCUAGAAAUCCCCAAAAUUUACUCCUGCAAGCGAAGAACAAAAUGAAUCUGAGUCCUCCCAGAUUGAUGCCAUUGACAACGUUAAAACAACAUAAAGUGGUAAGCAAUGGAAGGGAUUUGAACAAGUCUGAUGAGCUUGUCAGUGAAGAAUAUCAAGAAUAUUUACAUGUGUCAUUGGCCAAGUUUAUUCAAAAUUUGAAUGAAAAGUGAAAAACUUACUGAAGAUGCAAUAAGAGCAGAGUAAAAGAA